UUGACUUGGAGUAUAUUUGCCUAGUAGAGAAACCUUAUGCGUUGCUUUACCUAUGACUGUUCAAUGUGCACGAAGGACGAUCGAAGAUAAACGAGAACAUUUUAUCGAAUGCACCAAAUCACGUAAGCUGAAUUUGAUUGAAUCUUAUUAUUGACUAACAUAUUCCAAAUAAUUAUGAAACAACCUGCCGUGCGAAAGUCAAUGCCAGAUUCACAAUAUGAACCUGGCCCGUUCAACUUCUCAUCUCGAUUGGAGUUUGAAGCGAAGUCUAAUCUUCUUCGUUCAAGAAGUGAUACGUGUCUUGGAAAACAACGUCAACGAUAUCAAACGAACAGCUUAAAGAACUCCGUUAAAAUUAAUCCAUGGACUGUGCCGAGUAUCAACUUCACAUUUUACGAUAGUAAACCAAAGAACAUAGAAUUUGAAGCAAAGAAAAACCGACAAUAUCAUGAGAAGCCUAGGAAUGAGGAGUUUGCAAGAAUACCUCUCCCUAAGAGGUUAGAAAAACCUGUGAGUAAAGAUACUAAGUUCGUCACGUCGUUUCGUUCACCGAGUGCAAGGACAUCGAGGAUAAUAGGGGUGAAAGAAGGCACGUAUCCUGCAGGACCCUACAAACCAUGGGGUCCUCAUGCAUUCAGAGGCGAUGAUUUCAGACCGGAUGGUGAACAGCAAAAUAAAGAACGAAAACCGCCAUUUGUGACAUCAUAUUCUCGAGAUCGGAGAAACUUGGAAUUGCAGAGGAAUAUCAGUCAAAUGCAAAGUUUAAAAUGCGAAGAUCGUAACAGGUCUUGCACAAGGGAAGAAAGACCAAAGCCUUUCCUGACCAAUGCAGAACAACAACCGAAAUGGGAUCACAAUUUGUUUUUGAAAAAAGAGAAAUAUCAAAGAGGGCUUUCAGAGGAGGAAAUACGAAUGAAUAGAAUUAUGAAGCAACUUUCAUGGUAUUCAGGUGACGUGGUUGUGGAGACACUAGACCGUCCAGAUAUUAAAGAUUAUAAACUUGUAGAUUGGUUGCGCGUUACUCGACAUUCUGAAGAUGAAACGACCGUGCUGUGUUGAUUUCAUUUUACGACAAUUGCGUCGAGUUCUGAUUUAGGAUAGCUGUGUCAGUGCACGAUAGAAUGACUGAAUAGUAUGGUAUUCGUAAAUUAAUUUUUAGACAUUGAUCAGUUAGACUUUCAGCGAGACAGCGACCACUCUCUGAUUGCUAUAUCACUGACAUUGGCUCAACCACUGCGAUUUAUUUCACAAAUUAAUCGGUCAAGCACAAAGUUAAUGAACACCACCAAACUGGUCUGUGAACAAACGAUAUGUGGCAGGCUGGCAGCCACUGACCUAUACUAAACUGCUGUAGUUACUCUAGUAUAGGUCAGUGGUGGCAGCUCCCCGCCCUGUAUGCGGGUUGUCUCUUUAGGAUUAGAGAAUACGGAAAAAAUGUGAUUUGUCUCAUAGUUUCUUUAUGUUUGAACGUAAUGCACCAAUUUUCUAGACUUCAGAAACGUGUUAUUAGUCUUGGAAAUUUGAAAUGAAAGAAGAAAGGUCUAAGGUUUCUAAUUGGCCCUGAUCGAGACGCAAAAAAAGUGAUCGAUAAGCCCUUACACUCCCUACAAAACCAAGUACCGCACUUCUGCAAAUAUGGCGGUCGAUUCAAAAUUGAAAACACCUAAACUUUUAAGAGCAUUUUAUAAACUGAACAGUUAUAAACAAAUUUCAGUUUCACUGCAGUUUCAAUUAGUGCAAACGUCAUUUUGGUGAAAUUGAUUCGUAUGGGACUCCAGAUUAAGAUUUUUUAAUUUUGGAAGAGACACUUUCUGUCACCAGUAUUAUAACCACUCACCAAUGAAAUGCAGGUAUUGAAUAACUAUUAUUUUUGGUGUCAGAUUUGAAUCAUUUGAUAUAAAAAAGUCACUUUGAUGUGAGGUGGUUGAGGAAUCGUUUUGAUAAAACAUAAAAGGUAUUCAUGAGCAAUAGCAUUCGGAGGGGAUGGCAAACUGGCAAAGCUGUGCAGAAAAAGUGGAGCUCCCCCAUUUAUUCUGCAAUUGAGGUGAUUGCAUGAGGUCUGUUAUUCUGAAUAUUGCAAAUUUACAAUGAUGCACCAUUGAUGAUACCUGAAGGGGUGGGUAGGUUAAUUACUAGGAAUUAGCCAUGUUUGUGCAUAUAUUGUGUCCAGGGUGCAAAUGGUGCAAACAAAGUUAAGAGAUGAAAGAAGCAGAUAGACAUCUCUAAAGAGGCUGUCUACAACAACCUGCAUGCUUCAAACACCACUCAUCACUAGCCUAAAUUACUAGACCUAGUGGCUAGUGAACUGCUUAGCCUCAGCACUGGGUUUUGAAAUAUUUAUAUACAAACAAAAAUAAAUGGCUUUUUAGCGGGCAGGUGUUUUCCAAAUUAGGAUUUGGUGUUUCUUAUUGGAUAUAAAAUCUUACUGAAUAUUAAUAAUGCAAUAGUUUAACAAUGCUAAUCCUAAUUAAAUGGAUGUUCUUUGACAUCCAUUGACAAACUAAUUGGCUGACAAGAUAACUAGCAGGCAGGUGUUAAUUUCUUUCUACCAAAGAACUGCUAUAUAUAUUGCCACUUCUUCUUAAUCUCUUUGCUGACAAAUAUUUAAAGGAGAAAGGAGCAGAUUUUCUUCUUAAUUAAUACUGAGAUAGAAAUACAGCUAUACAUGGUUGCUAUUAAGGUCUCUUCCAAGUCAGCAUAUUUCUAAAUUACUCACAGGACCUAACAGGCUUUAGAUUGAAAGCCGCCUAAAAUUACUUUGCAUCAAUGCUUUGAGUGCAAGGUUGUAUGUGGUACGUAAUGUACAUCGUUUUUCCAACUACAUGUGCAAAAACAUUGUAAUAUUAUAUUUUUUCAUUUUUUGUGUGCUGGUAUUAACGAAAUCAGUGCAGUAUAUAAUAUAAUAUUUAACAAUGGAAUAUUGUCCGCGUAAAUUUGUAGUCAAACAACAAACGUUGAAAUUUUAUUCAUUAAAUAACAACAUCAUUAAAAAAAAUUCUUUUGGAGAAUUUGUUCCUAGCUU